AUGUAUCGCAGUGUGUGUGUGCCUGCGGCUCUCCUGGUGCUGACACUUGUGGUCCCCGGUGGCCUGUCCUGUCCCAGGAGCUGUAACUGCUACCAGGCCAGCGAAGUCCACUGCACCUUUCGCUCCCUGCUCACUAUUCCUCCUGGCCUACCUGCACAUACACAACGCAUAAACUUAGGGUUCAACAGCAUCAGCAGGAUCCAUGACAGUUCACUGGCUGGGCUAAAGAAGGUAGAACUUCUCAUGCUCCACAGCAAUGACAUCCACCAUCUCCCGGACGCAGUAUUCAAAGACAUGAAAUCACUGCAGAUACUAAAGCUGAGCUAUAACAAGCUGAGCGAGAUCUCUUCAUCUCUGACCUUCUCUGGCCUGACCUCGCUGCUGCGUCUGUACUUGGAUCACAACCUCCUCCAACAUAUCCAUCCCCGAGCCCUGCUCCAGCUGCCUAGCCUCAGGCUGCUACGUCUGCAAGGGAACAGGCUGCAUCAGCUGCACCCUCACACUCUGUGCACACUGUCCCUCCUAAAUACAUAUUACUUCUCUACACUCAGACACCUCGACCUGUCCAACAACAGCCUAACCACACUGCCCAAAGACACCUUGGCGACAGCUCCUCUGCUUGAGACUCUCGUGCUGCAGGCUAAUCCGUGGAGUUGCGACUGCAGGAUGAGCUGGUUUCUCUCUUGGAGUUUGGCUCACCCAGGCUUAAUGAAAUGUCCAGGUGGCCCUCAGUGUCCAACCUGCACGUCGCCCAAUUCCCUUCAAGGGCAGGGCUUGCUUGAUCAGACUGACCUAUCGUGCGCCUCACCUGUCAUUCUCUCCCCGGGAAGAAAAACACCUUUGGAGACGGAACACGGUGAAAUCCAAUCAAGGGAAACCUUCAGAGAGCCUUUAGGCAGUGCCUCUGUGGGUCUAUCUGACCUACAAGGGAACAGUGUUGAUCUGAGCUGCAACGUCACUCACUCUUUUGACUCUCAGGAUAUUGCCCCUCCUCCAGAUCUCUCUCUUUCCUCCUCUUCUCCUAUCCCUCUAGCUCUGUCGCUCUCACUGGAGUGCCCUGUGGAUCGAGAGAGCUACGAGCAACUUUGGAGGAUCCUGGCUUACUACAGUGAGACUGCGGUUCGCCUCGAGAGGGAAAUCAUGCUGGGUAAAGCCCCGGCGCUGGCCUACCGCUACAGGCAGGCAGCAGAGACAGAUGGAUAUUAUCACACUGGAGUCAAAGCUUCUGUUAAAGUCAGACCGCAGUGGUUACUACAGCCAGCUAUUAGCAUCCAGCUAAACAGAGCGCAGUCUAAUGGAAACAAAGUUCACCUUAUAUACUCAACAAGAGUCUCUGCUCAUCCUGGCCCGACGUCUUAUCCCUCCACAUCCUCCCCUGCCUCUCACCCAUGGGUUCUGAUUUCAACUAGUCAGUCCACCACAGCAAUGGCAGCAGUAUCAGGCAGUAAGGUGGAGCUCUCCUGCCCUCAUCUAAGUUCGGGUAACGCUAAAGUACAGUGGAUUCUCCCGGACGGAUCCAAGCUCAACUCCCCCUCCAGCAGCCCGGAUGGUCGGCUCCGAGCCACAGCCUCGGGUUUACUUCUACAAAAAGUACAGCUCUCAAACGCUGGGCUUUACUACUGUGUAGCCCAGGCUGGCAGGGAUGUAGAUGUUCUCCCUGUGCGCCUGGCAGUGGAGGAGUCGUCUGUACCUCCUUCAGGAGAGGAAGUGGGACCUCCUGUCACCGGAGGAGUUAGGGAGCCCAUCAGUCUGUCCUGCAAGGCAUCUGGUUCACCGGAACCUCAUAUUAGUUGGGUGCUGCCAGAUGGAAAUAUAAUACGGUCUGGAUUAUUUGUAUCAGGUGGACUCACCUUAACGCCGAAUGGAAGCCUGUCUCUGUCCAACCCUUCUCUGAGGGAUGCUGGUCAUUACCGCUGCAUUGCGGUCAACCAUUAUGGCAGUGACUCUCUGUCCGUGCAGUUGGAAUUAAAACCACAACAUCCCCCUCCACUUAGAACUUUGUUUCCCAGAGGGCCACAGUCAGCCGCGGGUCUGUCAACCAAGAUUCGAGCCCCUUUACUACGUCAGAUGGAGGAAGGAUCAGGGGAUGAAGAGGAAGGAGAGGAGAGAACUCUUUUUGGCAAUAGGAGGCGUCCAGGACUUCGCCAACCUCUCCCUAACAGACGUUAUCCAAAUGGAAAUCCCCGAAGACGUGGGCCUGUGAGAGAAGGCCCCCUGAGAAGAGGAGGAGGGCCUGUAUCCUCCACUGACCAGAGAAGAAACCGCUUUGAAAACAGACACAGAGUGACCACAAACAAACAAAGAAUAGACCCUGAGAAAUGGGCUCACCUACUAGCUAAGAUUCGUCAAAAGACUUCUAACACUAAUAACAGCCAGCCCAUCACAGCAGGAAGUCCCACGGCUGAACCGGUGGGGAGAGGCAGAGAUGGAGACGCAGCAAGAGAGGAGCAAGUGGAUGAUACAGAGAGAGAAUCUGCCUCCGCCUCUGCCACCUCCUCCACCUCAUUAUCUCCCUCUCACAAAGAGACACAUAUAGACACGAUGACUCACUCAGCCGACAUCCCGGACACUGCAGAGUCCGAUCGCUCCAGCGCAGCCACACCAGCGUCCACCCAGUCUAAUGUUGUGAUUUCACAGACACAUGUGCCAGACACGCACACCAAGACACAUGGCAUACAGACACAGACAAAAACAGGCACGGCCACAGGCAAAGAUGUUGAUAGACCCCUAAGCAGACACAGCGAGGAGCAGGACAGGAAUUUGCCGGGCGUACCAUAUGAACCACACUCCACCGCUCUCCCUUCUACUCACACCUCCGUUAUUCCCUCCACAGUCUCCAGUGCAGCUACAGCCACGACUGCCCCAGUUGUGAGAUCCAGACCAAGGAUUGCAGACCCACACAUCAGGACAGUGUCGUUCCCAGCAGAAAGCACUGCUAGGCUGGCUUGUGAAGCUCAAGGAGAACCGAAACCCUCCAUCACAUGGACCAAAGUUGCCACAGGAGCAGUGAUGUCAUUCCACUCCAAGGCUCAGCGUUUUGAGGUCUUGCCAAAUGGCACCCUUGUUAUCCAGAAUGUUCAGCUGCAGGACAGGGGCACAUACAUCUGCAGUGCCCAGAGCUUCCUGGGUCGUGACAGGUUGCUAACUACCCUGGAAGUAUGGACCCGCCCCCCUCGGAUGCAGCUGCCGAGUUACAGAGAAGACACCAUCCAUCAGGGCGGGGAGCUGCUCCUGCAGUGCCAGGCGGACGGCGUCCCUGCCCCUCUGCUGUCUUGGGUUCUGCCUGAUCGUUCUGCCCUGACGUCCGCUGCCCCCUCUGCCGAUCGCAUCUUUAUGGACACAAAUGGAACCCUCCAUAUCUCAGUGACUUUACCGAGUGACAGAGGAAUGUAUCGCUGUGUGGCCUCCAACUCGGCAGGUGCUGCCAGUGCCUCUGUGCGUGUACACGUGUCCUCGUUGCCCCCAGUGAUACAACAACCCAGAGAGGAACACCUGCUUUUGUCUCCAGGGAGGCCUGUUUAUGCUCACUGCUCUGCCCGAGGUGCUCCACCACCAACUCUGCGCUGGCGAAUCCCAGAUGGGACUCUGGUUCGCCCAUCCCAGUUUCUCCAUGGCAACCUCUUUGUCUUGCCCAAUGGGACGCUCCAUAUUCGAAGAGCUGGGCCAAAGGACUCAGGGAGUUAUGAGUGCACCGCAAGUAAUGCUGUUGGAGCCGAUAAGAGAACAGUCAGGGUAGAAAUUGAAGGGGGAGCCAGUAAAGCCCGUAUUGUCUCUACAUCACCCUCCGUCACUACUGUCCGCUAUGGGGGGAUUUUGCAGCUCCACUGCUCUGUUACUGGCAACCCUACCCCCAUCAUUAUUUGGAGGACCCCUACGAGGAAACUGGUGGACAUGCACUUCAGUUUUGACCGUCGCCUGAAGGUGCAUCCUAAUGGCACCCUGUCAGCCCAGGCAGUGACGGAGAAGGAUGCUGGAGACUACCUCUGUAUCGCGCGCAACAAGGUCGCAGAUGAUUAUCGCCUGCUGCGUGUCUCUGUGACUACCAAGCCUGCCAAGAUCGAGCCAAAACAACCACUCAAUCAGAUGGUGUCACUCGGCAAGCCACUGAAGGUGGACUGCCAGGCAUCAGGACUGCCUGACCCAGCUGUUCACUGGAGUCUACCAGAUGGAACCAUGGUGAACAGUGUGUUGCAGGGGGAGGACAGGGGAGGGCGAGCACGGAGGCUAACUGUGUUUGACAAUGGGACUUUACUGGUUCCAGCCGUGGGUAUGGGGGAAGAAGGGGAAUAUACGUGUUAUGCUGAAAAUCAAGGAGGUCAAGACACCAUGAAGGUCAAAGUGAAGGUCAUGAUGACAUCUCCACCAACCUUCACAGAUGACAGAAGCUACCGCGUCAUCAAAAUACGUCAGGGGGCAACCGCCACAAUUCACUGCCGGGCUGCAGGAGAUCCUGCCCCAACAGUGACGUGGUUCUCCCCGGCCCGCCGUGUCAUUCCACGAAGCCUGGGCUCUGGUUAUUAUUCUGAGAGAGUUGUGGUGGUUUCCGGUGGAACUCUGGAGGUCCGUCUGGCUCAAAAGAUUGACACGGGAAACUACACAUGCCGGGCAAGCAACUCAGCUGGGGAGAGGAGCAUGGCGGUGGGCCUGGAGGUGGAGACUCCUAACCAUGGAGUGAGUGGUCAGGUGGGAGGAAGAAGUACUAGCAAUGGGUCCGGUGGUAGUAGAUUAGGGGACAACAUGAAUAAUGCAGGAAUAGUCCAGUAUGGAUUUAUCAAUGGAGCCUCAAGCAAGCUCGGUAGCAAUAACAGCAGCAGUAAUGGCUAUAGUGAUAAUAAUGGCAGGAUAAGAAACAUCGAACCAAACACUGGCAUUCACACAGCAACCAGUGCCUCUAAUCCUGCCCUAAGGAGUGAAAGUCGAAAUGGAUUCAACAGACCUGUCAGUGGGAUUACAACCCAACUUGGCAGGAGUGUAAUCAGUGUCGGGGUGAGCGGGGUGAGCAAUAUAGGCUUUAAAGCAGACAACACUGGGAUAAAUAGAAAUGGACCUGGCAUUGUGAGUAGUAGUAGUAAUAGUGUGGCUAACAGUCACAGCACAGGAGCAAGUGUCGGAAAGAUUUCUGGGACUAAUAACAAUGAAGUCAUAGCAGGAAGGGCUAGUAAUGAUGCUAACACCAGUAGAGAUAAUGGGAGGAUAAGUGGUACUUCUAGAAAUGUUGGCGUUAGCAGCAGCGUGUCUAAUAGUGGAGCUGGCACAGGAAAUUGGUUCCCUCGGAGUGGUGUCAAUGUAGCUGUGCCCAAUGAUGACAGAAGGAGUAGUGGUGGCAUAGCUGUUAGUAAUACAGGUACUAAAAACUCUACUAACACAUUUGUGGGUGUGGUAACGACAGUGAAGCAGCGAGCGGUCAAAGGCCGCACUGUUCUUUUGCCGUGCCCCUCCCAAGGCUCCCCUCCCCCUCGUCUGGCCUGGCUUCUGCCCGGUAACGGAGUGUUGCCAGCUCCUUACUACGGCAGUCGACUCACUGUGCACCGAAACGGCUCCUUGGAGCUGCGGGGUGUGCGAGCGAGUGACGCUGGGACAUUGGUUUGUGUAGUGAGAGGUGAGAGAGGAGAGACGAGGAUACAGGUGGAGCUGGAGGUCUCUGAGGCGCAGGAGGAGGCCAGAUCUCCACACAGGGGAACAGCUUUGGAAAGACCUGAGCAGAAAAAUGCUGGAGCCUCAGCUAAAUCCUUCAGCUCAGUGUUGCCUGAGAAGCUUCAUCCAAGAAUCCCAGUUACUCAAAAGCCUCUGCAGAGGGGCCUGAGCUUACCUGCCCCACCUCGCCCUGUUGGUCCUCAACCCCACUCAGCUGGAACUGUGUCAGAGCCAGCAGUGAGCACCAGAACAGCCUCCUUGGUGAGCAUCAUCAACGGAGAGACCCUUCGCCUGCCUUGCCCUGCUCCUCAAACAGGAUACACCCAGGGCUCUCUCUCGUGGACCAUGCCCAGCGGCAAGGUGCUGUCACGGGGUGAGAGUGGCGACUCGGAGCGAAUUUCAGUCCAAGAGGAUGGAACAUUAAAAGUGCAACAGGCCUCUGUGUUUGAUCGAGGCACCUACACUUGCAGAUCCACCAGUUAUGACUCCACUUCAGUUUCAGUCAUCACAGUUCCCGUCAUCGUCAUCGCCUACCCCCCGCGGAUCACAACAGGCCCCUCCCCUGUGACCUAUACGCGGCCGGGGGUUGCUGUGGAGCUGCCCUGCCUGACCAUAGCGACACCGCGGGCGACAGUGACCUGGGAAACACCAGACCUGACACAGCUGAAGGUGAUGGGGCAGGCUCGUAUCUAUGGCAACCGCUACCUUAGUCCUCAGGGCUCCUUGGUGAUACAGAACCCGACAAGUAGGGACACUGGGUUUUACAGAUGCACAGCCAAAAAUGUAAUAGGAGUGGACACCAAGGCGACCUAUCUGCAUGUUAUAUAA